GCACUGUCUCCCGCUUCUAGCUGCGCGCGGCUCCCGCCAUGAGCAUUUUCUCAUGGCGGCGGGUCGCUUCUCACAGUUGGCGGGGGAGCUGCCGAGAUCUUUGCCGAGGUCGCCUUUGCUGCCCUGGGAGGCAGUAAAGGCUAUCGGAGGUCUAGGGCGACAGCAACGCUGGGCGGAGGCCCUGGCUGUGUUCUGGCCCUUGGUUAGACAAGAACGCGCCAAUCUCAUCGUGUGGAAUAGCGUGAUCAGCGCCUGUGCCGGAAGAGCUUGGGAAUGGUCAGUGCUGUUGCUCUCGCUGCUGGAAGUGGAUGCUGAGAAUGAGGCAGAUGCGAUCAGCUACAACACCGUGCUCACCGCUUUGAUGCGCUCGUCAGAGAUCUCCGCAGCUGUGCGGUUGUUGCACGAGAUGCCAAUGAGGCAGAUCCUGCCGGACACCUGUUCCUUCAACACGGUCAUGGGCAGCUUGGCCAAAGAGCCGACACUUAGAAUUCAAUUGUGAUGGAUCAGGAGGGCUGUGGGGCUUCGUCCAUUUUCGUC